AUGACCAUCUCUUUCUCUGGCCCUGGCGUCGCUCUCACCUCUAGUUUCUCUUCCACCUUCGCUUCCAUCUCUACUCCUGCAACUCUACUCCCUUCCCAACCACCAAAAACCAACCCGCCCUGCAGUAUCUUCCCAAACAUAACCCACACCUUCUACGGCAUCUCCGCCAACGAGGACCAAGGUCCAAACAUUGCAUACAAUUGUGGCAACCGUAGCCGCAUCCCCGGCGGUCUCGGAACCUACGUGAACCCCGUGACAUUCGCCUCUGCCCCGGGCAUGUUUCAGCGGUGCGAGAUCAUAUACGAUCCUUACUUACAAAAGUACCUACGGCAUGAGGACUACUGCAGUGACUGUGAUGAUUGGGAUGCGAGUUGCGUGGUGCGUAUCAAAGUAUGGAUCGGAACUGGUUGGUUGCGUGGGGACGUGAAUGAGGAGCUCGAGUGUCAGCGGAGAUUGAUGGUCCCAGGGAGGCUGGACAGUGUUAUUAGAAGCCCGAGGAGGGACUUAGAAGACGACUCCACACCACUCUAUGUCCCGGGUUUCGACACGCCCUCAAUCUGCAAUGUGGAUCACGUUUACCCGGCAUACACGCCGGAGGAUUAUUGCUAA